GCCCGGAGCGGCCUGAACUUUUGCUCCCCGCCCCCUCCUCCUUCCUCUCGGCCCUCCGCCCCCUGCUCCCUCCCGGCUGCCGGCCGUGGCUCGGGAGGCGGCGGGACUCGGGAGUUGCCGGCGCUCCUCGGCGGUGGCGUCCCCGGCUGGCUGGGCGCGGCGAGCGGAGCGCGGCAGGUAAUCUGACAUUUUAAAGAUUUUGCUCCCCCUGAAGAGGAAACAUUUUAAAGGAGCGUGGGAUGUAGAAGAAAUCUUCACAGACCUCUCCAAGGAUGGCAGGCCAACCCAUCCCUCGCUGAGACCAUGAUCGCUUCUAAUCUCCUGGGUGUCUCCAUGUUCUCCAGCGAGAAUUUUUCCAUUUCAUUUUGUGCCAUGGGAAAAACCUGAAGGACAGGCAGAAUUGCUCCCACACAUGUGGGCUUUUCUUAAGAUUGCAGUAGCUCUUACAGAACAUGACAGUUGGAGAUCACUUCUUUUUGUUGUCUUUCAGAGUUGAACCAAAGAAGGCCCUUCCUCAUCCUCCAGGGCUUUGGUGCCUGCUCAUUUUUAUAUUGUUUGUUUCCAUUGCUUGUGCCUUAAAACCAUCUUAUCUAAUCGAAAGACAUCCUUAAAGUUUUUCCAGCACAACUUGCAUGCAUCCGGGCUCCUCAGGGGCUCGCCCAUGGCUCUGUGGGCCAGCUGUCCAAGGGCAUUACCAUGAGGCACUGCAUUAAUUGCUGCAUACAGUUGUUGCCCAAUAACGAGCACAAACAGCAAGUCGGCUGCGGAGGAGGCCCCCUUCAUGGUCACCCGGAGUGCCCUGCGUGCAAAGGAGAGAACAAAAUUGUGCUCCGGGUGGACGGUAAGCAGAUGAACUUGCUUGCUGUUCUCGAGGUGAGGGCCGAGGGGAAUGAGAGCUGGGGCAGGUUUCUGCGCUUCAAGAAGGGGAAGCGAUGUAGCCUCGUGUUUGGACUGAUGAUCAUGACCUUAGUGAUGGCAUCUUAUAUCCUUUCUGGGGCCCACCAAGAGCUUCUGAUCUCCUCACCUUUCCAUUACGGAGCUUUCCCCAGCAAUCCCAGCUUGAUGGACGGAGAAAACCCUAGUGACAUGAAAGAGCAUCAUCACCAACCCUCUGUAAAUAAUAUUUCAUACGUCAAAGACUACCCAAGCAUUAAAUUAAUUAUCAACAGCAUCACAGCCAGGAUAGAAUUCACGACCAGGCAGCUCCCAGACAUAGAAGAUCUCAAGAAGCAGGAAUUGCACAUGUUUUCAGUAAUCCCCAAUAAAUUUCUUCCAAAUAGCAAGAGUCCCUGUUGGUACGAGGAGUUCAUGGGCAGGAACACCACCGACCCGUACCUGACCAACUCCUAUGUGCUCUACUCCAAGCGCUUCCGCUCCACCUUUGACGCCCUGCGCAAGGCCUUCUGGGGCCACCUGUCCCACGCCAGCGGGAAGCACUUCCGCCUCCGCUGCCUGCCGCGCUUCUACAUCAUCGGGCAGCCUAAGUGCGGCACCACCGACCUCUACGACCGCCUCCGGCUGCACCCGGAAGUCAAGUUCUCCGCCAUCAAGGAGCCCCACUGGUGGACCCGGAAGCGCUUUGGGAUUGUCCGCCUGAGAGAUGGGCUUCGGGACCGCUACCCCGUGGAAGAUUACCUGGACCUCUUUGACCUGGCCGCACACCAGAUUCAUCAAGGCCUGCAGGCUGGCUCUGCAAACGAGCAGAGCAGGAUGACUAGAAUCAUUAUCGGGGAGGCCAGCGCCUCCACCAUGUGGGACAACAACGCCUGGACCUUUUUCUAUGACAACAGCACAGAUGGAGAGCCGCCCUUUCUGACCCAGGACUUCAUCCACGCCUUUCAGCCAGACGCAAAACUGAUCGUCAUGCUCAGGGAUCCUGUGGAGAGGUUAUACUCCGACUAUCUCUACUUCGCAAGUUCGAACAAAUCUGCCGAUGACUUCCAUGAAAAAGUGACGGAAGCUCUGCAGCUGUUUGAAAAUUGCAUGCUCGAUUAUUCCUUGCGUGCCUGCGUCUACAACAACACGCUCAACAAUGCCAUGCCUGUGAGGCUCCAGGUCGGUCUGUAUGCUGUGUACCUUCUGGACUGGCUCACUGUCUUUAACAAAGAACAGUUCCUCAUUCUUCGCCUGGAAGACCACGCAUCUAACGUCAAAUACACCAUGCACAGGGUCUUCCAGUUUCUCAACCUCGGGCCCUUAGGUGAGAAACAAGAGACCCUGAUGACAAAGAGCCCCGCAUCCAACGCACGGCGCCCCGAGGACCGGAACCUGGGGCCCAUGUGGCCGGUCACCCAGAGGAUCCUGCAGGACUUCUACGGGCCCUUCAACACCAGGCUGGCACAGGUGCUCGCCGACGAGGCAUUCGCCUGGAGGAAGACCUGAGGGCCGAGCUCCUGCGGCGGGUUCCACUGUACCAUGACAGAAGAGUCUCUUUGAGGGUGGGGGGCCCUUUUACUCACAGCGUGGAGAAAACCCUGAGAUUCUUCUUCCCCUCCCAGGCACGUGUUUAGUGUAAGCAUUUGUGGUGUGAAAUAACCUGGCAACUGACCCUUCAUGGAGCUCCCCCAUCCGAGGCCACUGGAAACUCCACUGGGGAAACUGAUCCCUCCUGCACCAGAGCGGCCAGGCUGCGGGGGUGAGGCGGGCGGCGCCAGGCGGGGGGCUUCAGGGGAGGCAUGGCUGGGGGCUGAUGAUGCUGGGAUCCGAUUGAACACGCCAGAGGUCACGCCACCACGUUGGAGGUCAUGUCACCAUGCAGGAGGUCACGCCACCAUGCCGGAGGUCAUGUCAGCAUGCUGGAGGUUAUGUCACCAUGCCAGAGGUCACGUCACCAUGCCGGAGGUCAUGUCACCAUGCCAGAGGUCACAUCACCACACUGGAGGUCAUGCCACCAUGCUGGAGGUCAUGCCACCACGCUGGAGGUCAUGCCCCAUGGUAGAGAUCACACCACCAUUCUAGAGGUCAUGCCACCACGGUAGAGGUCACGCCACCAUGCUGGAGUCACUCCACCAUGCCGGAGGUCACGCCCCCACGCUAGAGGUCACUUGCACUUCCAUUCAGUUCUGGAACACCAUUCAGAUCAGUACCUUCAUUUGGGCAGAGAAUGGAGGCUCUUUCCCUUUUUCCUUUUACUCCAAAGUCCACCCUUUAUUCUCUUCGGAUGUAAACCCUGUUCCCUUUACUUGUAUGAGAGAGAAAAAGCAGUCGAACUUUGGUAGCACAUUCGUUUCUCGGACCAUCUCCCAUUCUGUCCUUGCUUUACUUGGGUUGAACUAGAAAAUGAAUGUUUAAAACCACUUUCUGCAUUUCGUUAGGCAUAGCUCUCUUUUCUGCCUCUUAAUGUGUUUCCUCCAGAGUUUUUUCAGUUUAUAAUUGGAAGGGAAGUUUUUGCUGUUAAUUCUAGACUGAGCAACUUCCAAGAAUUGAACUCUUUGUGGGAAAUCUGGGUAUCUUGGACUCUCCUCAUGCACUCAAGGUCACUACCAGGCCUGGAGGGUGUUUUAAGUUUUAGUUCUGGCCACAGACACACUCCGUUGCUCUGCUUUCCCCGAGUGAGCUCUUUACCACAUUCUCCACCACAUGUGGCCAGAGGCCCUUACUGUGUUCACAGACUACAAGAUGCUUGUGUUCUGUUUCAGAAGCACAGUGAGCGAGCUAUACGUGGGCCGAGCAUGGUAUGCUGGGAUUCUUAAUGGCAAUUUCUGGGCCCUUCAGCAGUUUGGUUUCCCAAUAGAUGGAGUAAAGUUCUCAUCAUUUCUUGGAAGUGAAGGGGAGAGAUUGAAGAGGACCCUGGAGCGCACUUGGCACCCAGCCCCAGGUGGGACCUUGAUGAGACUUCGCCCUGGAGUGUUUUCAAGGGAAGCUUCCUGCGAACCAGAGCCCUCUGGUCAAGGUCCCUUAACGCCAAAGUCAGAAAGUGCAGGUGUCUUCGUGUCCCGCCAUCGCUCGCAGACAUGCGGGUUCGCUCAGCUGUCCAGCCCUGGCACCACUGUCUUUCUGCCAUCAGGAGGUGGGACACGCAGCCCAUCUGACAGCAUGCAGAGGGCCAUAUGGACGGCCGAGCCGUUUCUGCUCCCGAAGGGGCUGUGUGCCCUGAGACCCGCUUUGUGGGACAAUGCCCCCUUUCCCUUUCCCUCACAGCCAGCAGGUGGAGCGGGGCUGGCGGGGGAGUCUGGCCUGAGCCCGGGGGGCCGCGGGAGAUACCACUCCAGCGUGCAUGUGUAUUUAUCUGCAGUGGAGGGUGUGUGCGCGCGCGUGGGUGCCUCUUCUGAGUGGGCUCCCUUCCGCUUCUGUUGCUGAUGAGGCGCCUCCGCUCUGGACACAGCCUUCUUGUGGAUUAAUUUCUCUGCCUACAAACUUGUCACUUCCAGUACACGUUUUGCUGUUCUACUCCAACCACCGCGACGACAAAGGAUUUUUCCUACACACUCCUAUGCAUGUGAAUAACAUGUAGUGUAAUUCUGCUUCUUACAGAAGUAUUACCGGAGCUAUUAUUUCCAAUAUUAUUUGGUUUAUUCUACAAAUUUUUUUGUAUAUGCAGGCCCAGCCCUUCGCGCCCAUCCGUGCCAUCCAGUUUCUCUCGAGGAGCCAUCUCUGGAGGGCGUAUCUGUCACCUCUACUUUGUCGCGUUCAGGCCCGGUUCUCGUUGACGGCCCGGGCACCGUUCCAGACGGCGGCCCUCGAGCCUGUUGUCCAAAACCAAAGUGAAAGGGAGCAUUUCUCACGAGCUGGUAUCGAAGUGACUUUGUGUCCCCAAAGUUGCGUGUUGGACUGUGUUCAGUUGUACACCCUUAGUAGUGGCAGGCAUGUUACAUGAGCCAUGGUCACGCUGUACUUUUAUUCAUAUUUAACAUUAAAUGUGGACCCCUGUGACCUGUCCCGGGAGCGCAUGCUGUUCCUUGCCCUCCUGAGCACCUGUGGUAGGUUCUGCAUGGCGUCUGCCACGUACAGAUGAGUCUGGGAAAUCGUUCAGGAUCUAACCUGUGGACUCUGCGUGCACUGGUUGAGGGGGCCUCCCGCAUACGGGGCGGGAGAGAGAAGAGCAGAGAAAGAAGGGCUCUAACGUGACCGGUGACUGCACGAGCGGCCUGCCUCACGUGGGUAUGUGCGUGUGAAGAUGGACUUCUGUGAAGAAGGUUGGGGUGACUGAUCACAGACCCUGCUCCUCCCAGAGGCUGCGCUCAGCCUGGCUGCUUCCCUCAUUCCUGGGGCCAGGCCUGGCCCCGGGGGCAGUGAGUUGGAGAUUCCUGGUGUCACUGGGUGUGUGUCACUGUCCUAGACACCCGGGGUCCCCUGGCUGCACUGGGAUGGAGGAGCUGGGGUCUCAAGUUUGGGGUUCUGGAGGCCUGGGCGAUCCUGGAGCCAGUGUGGCCCAUGGGUUGGUCCCCUAGUUCUGCAAAGACCCCCCCCUGGGGAGAGUGUCUCUCCCAGCACCGCCCCCCCCCCCCGUAGUGGUGUGUUCUGUGACUGGGGGGCUAGUGAGUCCAGGCCUGGAAAGAGGAGGAACCCCAUCUCUUGAUGAGGGAGCCAGGAACAGCUUGGCUCAGCAGAGAAAAUGGGCCUGAGAGGAGAACGUGGGGAUGGCCGAGACAUGAGGGGCAGGAGGGACGUGUGAGUCUGGAGGGUUGAUGGAGUCCCUGUCCCAGGAGACUUUCCAGAAACCCUCUCUCCUGCGUGGACACCCACCCCUACUCAGGAACCAGCUCACAGGGAACAUAUGAUGCAGAUCAUCUACAUCUUAACGUAACCCUCCCUUUGGAACGACCUCUUCCCAAACGCCCCUAUGUGGGAACCGAAGCAAGGGCUGUGCUCCGGAGGAAUUUCGGGCCUCAGCCAGCAGGGAGAGAGAGAGGUCUCGGGUGUAGGCGGGUGUUACCCUGUUGCU